CCCAGCUCCAGUGGACACUAGGACACUCAAGGUGCUGACAUCUCUCGGGAACACAGCUACCAAGGCACGGCACAUCGCUGCCUGGCAUGGUGUCCUCGCUGCAUAUGCUGAGUACGCCAAGGGCCUUAUCGAGGACGAAACGAAUCUGCCUCCCCACCUGGCAAAGAAACUCAACACUGUCUUUGAGAUGCUCCAGUCCGUGCUUCAGCUCUUCACAGAUGUGAUUGGGCCACUAAGCUGCACAAAUGACUUUGACAUUCG